AUGCAGAGGGAAGCAGAAGAGGAAGAGAGGCACGGGCUAGCGCUGGUGGGCCUCGCUGUCACCGCCGAGCUGCUCGCCACUCGCCGCCAUCACGAGGAAGACCAGAACCGAGCAAGGGGGAGAAGCCAUGCGGCAAAGGAGAGGAGAAGGGGAACUCACCGUGUCACCGUCACCCAUGGAGCCGCGAGCUGCGCCCAGUCGCCGUCAGGCCACUGCUGGGUCGAUUUGGGGCUACGGCUACUACGUUUUGUUAAUUCAGAGUUAGAAUCCGAUUUGCUUGUGCUGCUUGUAGCUGUUUCUGCUUUUGAGAGAGCAAGCAGAGCCGAGGUUUUGAUUGCCGGUGGUUUUGGGCUGAGCAAAAAGGAGUCAGUUAACGAGUUUGGGUUAUGGUUUUGGCAUUUUGAGGAUUGGACGCAGAAGUCACGAAGAGAUUAUCUAGUUGUUGUCGCGAUGCUUUGUAUUGCUUGAGUUAUUGUUUAUUAU